GGAGGAAGAAGAAGUGUCCCGACAUGGGGCUCUGUGCAAUUCUCCUCAUCUGUCUUUCCCAGGCUGAGCUGGGGAGAGUCUGGGCUCAUCAGCACGAAGAUUCGCAGAGCGGGACUGCUCUGAGGUCCAUUGGAGGAGAGGCCAGUUUUCACAGAGCCAGGAGAGACCAGCAGAACCAACAGCAACACAGAGAAACCACACAGGCCAGAGGAAGAGUUGAUGUCACCACCCUUCCAGACAACAUGACCCGCAUAGUGGAGGACUCGCAGAAAUACUACAACUGGCAGAGCUUUGGGCCGACAGACAGAAAAAUCGAAAGCUUGUGGGUCGAACUGGACCACCGGUACAAAAGUCAAGUCAGAAUCCACGGCAUACUGUCCAACACACACCGACAGGCCGCGCGAGUGGCACUUUCUUUUGAUUUCCCUUUUUAUGGACACAACUUGAGACAAGUAAUUGUAGCAACCGGCGGCUUUAUCUUCAUGGGUGAGAUCACUCAUCUGAUGUUGACCGCAACACAGUACAUCGCUCCGCUCAUGGCCAACUUUGACCCCAGCUUCUCCAAAAACUCAACUGUCAGGUACAUGGACAAUGGUAAAAUGUUUGUGGUGCAGUGGGACAAGGUACGACUAAAGGACCGAGAGGACGAAGGAGCUUUCACCUUUCAAGCAGCCCUGCACGGCAAUGGGAGCAUUGUUUUCAACUACAAAGAUAUCCCUGUACCGGUGGAGAAAAUGAACUCCACAGAGCAUCCAGUUAAAGUAGGACUUUCUGACGCUUUCAUGGCAUUAAUCCCUGCUUCACAGCUCUCAGCUGCAAAGCGGCGAACCAUCUACGAAUAUCAUCGUGUCGAGAUCGACGCCACAAAAAUCGUCAGUGGGUCUGCAUUCGAGUUCACACCUCUGCCCACUUGCCUUCAGCACACUUCCUGUGACCUCUGCCUGACGUCCAACCUAACGAGCGGCUGUGGCUGGUGCAACACCCUCCAACGAUGCUCUGACGGUAUUGACCGACACAGACAAGAGUGGUUGGAUUACAACUGCCCCGAGGAGUCCAAAGGUCAAUGUGAGGACUACAACCCGCCAUUACCUGAAGGAUCUAUGAGCCCCUUUAACCAAUCGUCACCAGGUCCAACACCUUCGUUGGUGGCCAUUGAAGACCAGACGGUCACUAGAGAUUUACAGACGGUUCCUCCGCACCACAGCGGGAUAACGGAGAACACGGCCAUCAUAGCAGGUGUAGUCGCUGCAUUGGUUCUGCUCGUGACCUUGACCCUGUUGGCUGUUUACUACAUCAACACACACCCCACGAUUGCUCCACCUUUCUACCUCAUGCAGCGACGAACAAAUAACUACUGGCCCUCCAUGAAGUUUCGCAACCAGAGCUGCCACUCCAGUUACGCUGAGGUCGAGCUCGGGGUUCACGAGAAGGAAGGUUUCAUUGAAGCCGAGCACUGCUACUAAACGGGCCAGACUUGUGAUGAAAAGGUUCCAUCUUGAGGACUGUCCAUAAUAAAGUGGAUAAAUACGAACAU